AUGGAUUCUGAGGAACCAAGGAAGUUAAAGGAGGGGUUCCUAGUAAAGAAGGUGAGAAACCGUUACAUGGAGAAAUUCGAAAACCUAACAACUGCGUUGACGCCAAACAACGCUGAAACAACUUGGCACGGGAACUCGGGAAAUCACUGAAACUACGUACAGUGGCUGCAGACGCUACCGGAAAAAGGAAACAAUUCAUGAUCCUGGGCUUGAUAUUGAAUCGCCGGUUUGUGAUGUUUUUUUCUAUGAAGGAGUGUUUUUCUGGAUGAUUCUUGGGCAUUUACCAGUAGCCAGUUGUUACAGAUUAAUUUUUAACUUAGCUAGCGUCAGUUACUGAGGUACAGUCUCAGACAAAAAUAGUUGGGACACUUCCAUUUAACGCUGUUUCUUACCUUCUUGCUCGUCUCCUCUCCCUUCCAAUGUUGUUUGUCGCAGUUAACUCGUCAAAUCGUGUGCACAAACAUUGGCAGGGCCAGAAGACAGUAAAGUGUCCCAACAAUUUUGACGGAGACUGUAGUAAAUUAUGCAUUGAUUAAUAUGUGUAGAAGUAAUGUUGGUGUCAAUUUGUUCAUUGUGAUUAAUCGAUCAUAACUAAAUUUCCUUCCAGCAUAAAGGUUAUGUAAUGCCAAUUAAUACCUACUUACAUGUAAAUGCAAACUUUUUUCAGCCAAAGAUAAAACAAAUCAAUACAAGUGGUGUUUUGAUGGCAACUCUUUUACAAAUUUCCUGCUAAAGAGAAAUUUAUUUGGCAAGCAAUCACAUAAGAACUCUAUCUUAAGUGUACAUUCCUGGCUAAAAAUCCCUGAUGAAGUGAAUUAAAAGCUCACAUACAAUCUAGGCUAAAUUUCUAGCUACUGAGGACUAAAAGUCUGAGUCAGUCAGGUUUGCUUCCUUCUCCUGUGUACUAAGGAAAUCAGGUGCAGAAAGUGGCCAGUCAUUGAACCCAACAUGGGAUUAUACUCACAGAAAUUAUGUAGAAUCUUAACAAUAAUUAUGAUAAUAAUAAUAAUAAAAAAAGAGACUGUUGAACUUGAAUGCACGGCAAGUGAACAGAUAAGAAACAGAUUGGCUGAACAGCUGGAUGGCUAAAGGAAAUUUUUGAAUGGAUGAGGUGGAACAGCCGAAAAGAAAAUGUUUGAACAUAUGUAGCUGAACGGCUAAAGGAAACUUUUGGUUGGAUGAGGUCAAACGGCUGAAAAUUUCAUCACAUGCCCUUGGGUAGCUAAAAAUAGAAAAUUGACAAAAUAGUGCAGUUGGUUUCUUAGAGCCUUCUCAGGAAGGCCACUGAUAGAAGCUUUUUUCCCUUCUGAAAGGGUCAUGUGCGUCACAACUGGAAGACCAGAUGGUUCAUUUUAUACGAUGAGACACUGGUGUACUUUAAGAAGAAAAACCAGGUUUGUUGAUGUAAGAUUUAGUUGUAGAAAAAGUGUUUGGAAAGAUAAUUGAUAAAGAAAAUGCAAAGGAAAUUAAUGUUGAAUGAGUGUUUGGAAAUCAGAUGAAAAACUGCUCCUUUUUGCAUCCUUAAUUUCUCCUUCUAAAAUCAUUUUGUUUGAGAAGUGAUAUCAAGCAUUUGACACAGUGUUUCAUCACCAGAUGAAACACCUCACAGUUAAUCAAAAUACUCCACCGUGCGUCAUAUUUUCAACUCUCUGCUCAGUGUUUCAUCUGGUGAUGAAACGCUGCGUCCCAUGCUUGAUCUAUAUUCACAUCAUGCAUGUGUUUUUGACUGUGAAUUUGCCAAAAUGUGAAAAUGGCUUUGUAUUGUGUUACACCUACAGAUUAUGCAAGCAACUGGUGAGAUUCCUCUACAAGGUUGCUUUUUAGUGUCACCAUGUGCAGAAUACACCAAAAAGGAGGUAUUUUAUUAUUUCAUUUUAUGUUUCUUGUGUGGUCCGGUGUCCCAAGCUCAUGUUGCAAUGGUUAAAGGAAAUAUACUUUUGGUGACAUGGGUGAGUCCAUAUUGCAUUACAGGUGACAGUUAAGACAUUGUAUCAGACUCACCCAAAUCACCCACACUCGUAACAUGAGGUAAGGAUGCCUUUGGUGUGAUUACCAUGGGAACAAACAUGUUCAACUGCAGGUAUCUUUAGUUCGGUGCACCAAGGUCUUGAACCCUAAAUGAGUGAUAUGGGAAAGGGAAAUGGCAUAAUGUGUGCAAGGGAUUGGAAGUUUUUUCCAUUCUGUUCUCUAGCGUAGUGUACCAGCUACUUGCAACUUUAAGAGUGAUGCAACCCUUCAAGUUAAAGUUUUUGCUUGGUCACCAUUUGGCAACCAACUCUUUUGGUUUAGAGAGACUUUUUUACAAAUCAAGUCACCAGGUUGCCAUUUGGAAAAUGGUUUGGGCAUGCAUCUAUAAUCCAUAAUCCACUUACUGCAUAUCUUGCCCAUAAAGGAUGUUGAAUUUUGGUGCAGGCAUUUGAUUUGUAACUUACAUAUUUAAUAUGUAAUACAGUAAUCACUGUAUUGGUGAGUGGAAUAAAUCAUAAUUGGGAGAUGCAGACCAUGUGGAAAUGGAGGGUGGGGUGGCUGGCAUGGGGCUCUUUUUCUCUAUCCUUUCUCUAGCUCAAUAGGAUAAACACUUGACCACUACAUUAGGGGGGAGAAUGGGGCUUUCCAGGAUAGGAAAAUGGGGUUGGCUGUCAAAGGGUCAAAGGGUAAGACCAUAUGGCCAAUAAUUUUUCUUUUCUUUCUCAUUGGGUUUUGGUGUGUAAAAAUUCUAGGCUGUCUUCAGAAUAACAUCAAAGGAUAAUGUUGAAUAUUUAGUUCAAGCAGCAAAUGAUGAAGAGCGUGAGGAAUGGACCACAGCAAUUGCCAAUGCAAUCAGAAGAUUAGACAUCAAGUAUAAGGUAACAUGCUUAGCUAAAAAUGUUUGUAAUUCCCUCAGGUCCAGUUUGUCAUUUUUUAGUCUGGAUGGGGAAUUAAAAACUGACCCAACUGAAGUGCAGGGUUUGGUAAGAAUGUUAUUUUACAUGCUCGGUUACAGCAGAAGUGAAGUAUAGGUGAAUAAAUAGCACUGUGUGAAAGUAUUAUUGCCUAGUAGCCAGGGCUGUGCUUCAAGAAAAAUUGCAGGGAGCCCAAAGCUCUUAACCAGCAUGAAAUCCAGGUGUACCCAGUGAAUUCCUGAUCUCUCAAGGGCAAAAGUAAGUCGCUGUUGUAGCUAAUUUUUUAUCUCAGGUAAUUUUCCUUUUUCUUUUGUUUCAACUUCAUUAGCAUGCAUUAAUUACCAUACCCAAAAACCAAAACAAAAAACUACAACAUCGCCAUUGGCCAUCAUAUUCUGCAAGAGCAUAUUUGCUGAAUUACUUAGGCCGGGAAUCAUCCCAAGCCGUCCUAAUAAACUCUUUCCACACGACCUGAUUGAGCGUGGCACAGCAUAGCUUUCAUUUACACGUAAAUGGCCACUCAUGGUAAUUUUUCCAGUCAGAGAAUGAAAGUUAGAACUAAUAGUAACCUCAUUACUCAUUAACUGUAUUUUCCUUUAAGCAUACAAAGUCUGAAGUUCCUCACAGCAGAAGUACUUACUCAAGGCCAGCUUUGCAGUUUCCACCCACCCAAAUAAGGUGCUAUGAAAUAAUGUUUCCUGGUUGUUUGUGCCUGUGUCCCGAAAUAUCAUGCCAGUUUUGGCUUAUGUUAAGGUCACCAGAAGGAAAGCCUUGAUGGUGUCUGAUGCCUAAUUAUUUUAUCUUUAAGCUUUGAUAGAGUUGAUUGGUAAGGUGUACUUUCCUAUACGGCUAAGUGGAAGCUUCUUUUCUUUGCCAGCAAUCUAAAGUGUGAUUGCCACAAGAAGUCAGCGUCAUGAGUUUCAGAGCAGAAAAUCUGUAAAGCGAGCGAAAAUGCAAACAGCCAAGCAAAGGUUGUGAAUUCUUGUGAGUUUCCAAAGGCCAAAUUAAAUAGGGUUAAGGACUUUCUUGAAUAUCUCACGUUGCUCCACUUUGUAUUUUUUAACUUUAAAGUAAAGUUAUUUCGGUGAUUCAGUUGAUCAAUGUGGUUCUAUGCAUUUGAUUAUUUUUACUUAAUUGUUGUUGUUGACUUAUUAAAUAACAUUAUACUUAAAAAUUAAAUUUAUUUUAGAGAAAUAGUAGAAGCAAUGCAAGAUGUUGAUGCGGGAAUACCUCUUGAUACCCACAUGUGUUACAAAGAAAAUAAGGCGCACAAACUCUGUUUUACUGGUGAGAAUAUCGUGGAUAAUUACAUUCUUUAUUUAUUCUGAUUGGUUGGAAAACACUGUGCUCAGGAGUGGAAACUUACUUUUGCAGGAAUUCAAGUCAUUGACUGGUUACUAAGGUGGUCAUUUGUACACAACAGGGAUGCAGGAAGGGACUUGGCUUGUGUGUUACUAGAAGAUGCCCAUCUGCAACCUGUAGGACUAACAAGUACACUCUCAUUCAAGCAGAAAGCAGAGUUUGAAAAUGCUGCCACCUUUCUUGAUGACACAGAUGCCCUUUACAGAUUUGUAAGUAGUUUUUUGGAAGCACUGCUGUACUUCAAUAAUUUUUUCUGUGAUAAUAUAAAACAGAGUAACAUGAAUGUUCUUUUUUGCCAGUCUGCGCUUAGACAUAGCGCUCAGAAUGAACCUCUCGAGUUAGAGAUUUCUGAUGGUUCCAGUGAUUCAGAGGAUGAGAUCCCAAGAGAUCAGGUAUUACUGAAGAUGAGGAAGGGUCAUUUAGUGCUGGUUCCUUGAAAGAUGGUCAAGAUUCAUGUGAAGCUUAUAAAAUAUUGUUGAGCCUAUUUAUCCAGAGAUCCUAUUAUGAUGACACAAUUAAUGAUACUUUACAGUCUUUAGGAAAGGAACAUACAGGCGUGGAAUAAAGCAUUUUAAUGGUAGUGCCUUUCAGGAACUGGCCCUGAUAUUUUGGUACUAGACUUGAUUUGCUUUAAUUCUUGCUGGAGAGCAAGAGAUGCUCUAGGAAAAGACGAACAAAGAUAUUUACCAGUUUAAAUGAUGUAAACCUUUUGUUUGCCUUGUCUCAGUAUGUCCCUUGCUCUCCAGUAUGGCGUUUUUGUACCAUGUGAGUGACUAGCCACAAAAGGUCUCAGAGGUGACCAAAGUCAAAUGAGACAGAAAUUCCAAAUUUCAUUUUAUAAAAUGUUGAAAAACAAAUAUAUGUACCACUAAUCCAACUUUUAGCUUCAUUUUCAAUAAAUAUUGACUGUUAUCUUACACUUUGAAGUUACACCUGUAUUAAAGACUUACACCUUAUUAUUUAAACUCUUCUCUGAGUUUUAAACUGAAUUAAUAUGAGUUCUGGCCAGACUUUCAAUAUUUCACAUUUUACCUGACUUUUGACAUCAAAAUAUAAUUUAUAUUCAUUCCUUGUUUCAACCAGUGUGGGGCUAUCAAAGGGAAUGUUGUCAAGCAAGGGUUUCUUCAGAAAAAGGUAUGCAUACUUGUAGCCCACUUUAGACUGCAAAACAGUCCGUAUUUUUGCAUAUUCAAGUACGUGCGAGCAAUCAAACAAAAGGUCCGGAUCGCGCGCUUCACGCAAGUAAGACUAUACACAACUCCUAACUGAAUUCUUUACUGAUUUUGAGAAAAAAAACAACUUUUUUGCAGUCUAAGCCCAAAUUUUCAGUAUUAACAUUUCAUAUAUGGUCCAACCUCCCCCAAGCGACCACCCAAAAUGUGAAGAGUUAGUGGUUACCUAUGAGAGGUGGUCGCUUACGAGAGUUGAACUGUAGGAGGUCUUCUAUAUAUGAGAAAACGUCUGGACAAAUCUAAUUUUUGGAGAAAAUGUAUUACAAGCAUUUUUUUGCGGGUUCCAAUAACAAUAAAUGUAAAUCCAUGUUGUCUUUUAAAGUUUUUCUCAUAUUCUGAGUUGUAACCUGAGUAUCGGACCCUCCUUAGGGGAAAAGAAAGCCUGAUUCAGGUUAUCUGAGUGUCAUAAUACAGUGAACACAAAGAUCAGACCAUUGCAUGAGGUGGUCGCUUAAGGAGGCUAAAAGCAAUGGAUAAUUACAACCCCGUCCCCCUCUUAAAAAGUGGUCGCAGUCACUUGCGAGAGGUGGUCAUUUAAAAUAGGUUUCAACUAUAAGUCUGUGACUGGGAAAAUUUUGGUGUUUUGGAUAACCAAUAAGUGGUCGCUUAUGGGAGGUGGUUGCUUACAAUAGGUGGUAGCAAAUGGAGGUUUGACUAUAAUUUAUGUUGUCAGCUUAGAUUACUUUGUUUAUAUUGUCUUUCUUGCCUGGGAACAUACUUUUGGAUCUACUUUGCCAAGUGACAGAAAUCUUCCAUUCACUGAAAUCUUUGGGAAUUUCCUGGACAGUUAUGCUUAAAAUUAAUGCAAAUUCAAAACACUUUCAAAUAUCAUUUAUACUCAGCAAUGAUAGUCAUAAUAAUUUUUAUCAACAGGGUCAUGUCCGACACAACUGGAAAACAAGAAAAUUUAUCCUUUGUACUGAACCAACCAUGUUGUUCUACUGCCGACCGUCUAAGGUAAGAAGAGUCUCACCUCAGCCUCCACUGAUCAGCCAGUGUCAAUGUAAGAAUACUGUAAACUGCCUUUUAUAAGCCUUUGGCUUAUACAUCUUCAUAAGGUGUUUUUAGGAGGGUUUGUAAACACAGUUGCUUAUAGGCAAGAGGCCAAAAGAGAGUGUUUCGAAACAAGCCAUUCACCAUUUUGCACUUCUCCCAUAAUACACCUUUUUUGCCCCCCAAAAUUUUGCAUAGCCUUUGUUUCUCAUUUCUCCUGGGUAUAUGGAAAAAACCCAUUUUUUUAGAAAGCGCUUAGAUUAGAUUAGAGUAAUUAAGUUAUGUUUUUAACUGGCAAAUGACAUUUACUACAUUAAUAUUGUUAUUAUUUUAUGUCAAUUUCCAUUUUUUAAAAUUUUUUAUUUACCUGCUAUAAGAAGGAAAGAGUAACAUGCGAAUUCCUAUUUCACACCAAAACAUGUCAUUUUCCACCCUGGUUGUUAGACCUGGCAUUGGCAGAAAAUACAAUAAUAAUAAUAUUGUUAUCAUCAUUACUUAGAUUAGAAUGCCAACAAAAAGAUUUCUUGAAAUCAACGUCGAAUUUGCAUAUUACUCUUUCUUUCUUACUCAUUUAGAAAUCUAUCAACAAAUACAUUCAUACACUCCUGUAGUUCCUUCAACUGAACCAUGACCACUUCCAGACCAAAACAGACAAAGUCUAAAACCCUUUGGGCAUCACAUAUGUACAUGACUUAUAUAAGGCAGUAGAUCACCCCCGCGGCUGUAAUAUUCCAAAAUGAAUGACCCUUUCUACUAACAUUGAAAUGUUUCAAUGUUUUGCUUCUCUGUUACUGUAAACUGCCGCUUAUAACCUCCCAUCAUCCCCCCCCCCACUUAUAGGCCCUCCCUGUUACAGGUCCAGGAUCAGGAUUUGGAGAACCGGGUGGCACACCCCCACCAAGAAUUCCCAGGAGUACAUGUACCCACCCGGGUAUUACAGUGAUAGUGUGUUUUUAGUUCUCCGACAUAACCACCAGUUAUUCUCAUUCAUUCUCCACUCUGCAAUAUGUCCUCUCUUUUUUCGUAGGAGUCUACUCCGGUUGGUCAUAUAAAAUUACUCAACAGUGAAGUAAAGACUCUAAAAAGUGAUGAUGAUCUUGCUGGAGCCGAAUGGGAUCAAGGUAAUGAUUUUCAGCCAAUAAUUUUUUGUACCUGUUUACUGUAAUUGUUAUUAGGACUGUUUUUACCUGCCAACUUUUUCUGACUCAGAUGCGUAAGAUUUUCGUCUUAUUAUUACUGCAAUUUCCAUAAACGUUCCAGCGACUUCCGAACAUUUCAUAAGAUUUUCCGGAAGACUUUCGAACGUCCGAAGAUGUUUCGACGACCUUCGAGCACUUUUGAAGCCAUUUCAAAGGUAGCCUGAGUAUCAGGCGUUUCUGGGGGAAAAGGAGAAAGAUGGAAACCUUCAAAAAUCUCCUCUACCCUAUCCCCUUAGGAAGGCCUGAUACUCAGGCUAUUUCAAAGGCGAUAAUUUUAGCGUGUUGUGAUAAAGUUUGGACACAAAAGCACAAUAAAGCGAAAACUCUCCUUGAUUUUUGACAAACAUAGUAUAGUGCAGUCAAUUCUUGAAACCAGAAAUCAGAAAAUCUUUUGAAAUCAAGCCUGUCAUUUGUGUUACUUGAAGGUCUGAGAAAAAAUAAAUGGAAAUAAGGUCUUUGAAAGGAGGCCUUAAUUUAAGCAAAUUGGCCAGUUUUGUUUUUGUUCAAGCUUGUAAUUUAUUGCAUUAUCGCGAUCUAAAAUAAAUCCCAAUAAUUAUAAGGUGAUGGAGCUUGUGAGAUUUUUUCCUUGAUUUAUAAGUUUUUUCAGAUAGGGUUACCGUAAAAUUCAAAAUAAAAACCAUUGCCCCCAAGGAACAUAAAAACCCUCUGUUAAAUUGUGUGUAGCCUGUAAAACAAAGCUAACUCAUAUAUAUUUUGCAAAUUUUCCUCCAUAGAUUAGACAAGCCCUCCAAAAAAUAGCCCCUCAAAAGGGCCUUUGAAAAACAUGUUGGAUAAUCGACUACUGUGAAUGGUGGUUAAUUUUGUACAGGAAACAAGAAGCAGACAACUGGAUAUACCUUUCUUCUGCGUACAAGGAAAGGAAUAAAAUACAUUUUUCGAGCGGCAUCCGAGGAAGACAGGAUGGACUGGGUACAGGCUUUACAAUCUGUUUGUGAAAAUACCUAA